AUGCUUCCUUACAUUGAAAAGUAUCCAACCAGCAGGCGCAGACAACUUUUGCCAGGACAAGGACGUGGAGAAAGUGACCUACCACAUAAUUUUCCCACGAUGCAACAUUUGGCUGAGGCCAUGCAUGAAAUUUGCGACACGUUAGGAUUCAAGCAUGUUGUCGUUUUUGGUGAUGGAGUUGGAGCCAAUGUUUUGGCCAGAUUUGCAGUUGCAAGAAAGGAUUUGGUAUUAGGUGCAGUGCUGAUUAAUUGCACCGGAACUGCCGCAAGUGUCACAGAAAGCUUACGAGAAAAGGUUAUAGUGCGGAAAUUACACUCUUCAGGAAUGAAUCCAACCGCGGAGGCACAAUUGGUUCUUCAUCGCUUUGGAGCGGUAAGUAACAACCUUGGCAUUUAA